CAACUUUCGUCAUGAAAACUGAAAGGCGAUUGCACAGCUGCGGAUCUCGACAAGAAUGAAUCGAACCAAUCGAAAAAGUCAUCUCAACAGGUGCAAAUUUUUAAUCGAGUCGGUCAUCACACGAAAAUACAUGAAUCGUGCACGGACCACGUGAUAGGCGCGAAGUGGAAAUCCAUGCUUGUUCCAUUAUUGACGCUUAUUGCCUCAUACAGUAUAGAGUCUGCUUAAAUAAUUAAACAGCAGAACUUCGCCUGAUAAUUUUAUUCUUCGAGACCUGGUGCCGAAUUGGUGAAAAUCGGGAAUGGUUGAGAAGGACAAGGAAUGCGAGGUCGACAUUUUUCGUGACACGGCUGUGAGAUAUCUGGGCUAUACUAAUGAAGUCGGAGAGGCAUUUCGAAGCAUUGUCCCAAAGUCUGUUGUGUGGUCCAGCUAUGUUGUCGCAUGUGGAUAUGUCCUUGCAGACACAGUUCACAAGGGAUUGCAUGUAUACAAUGAGGAUUCUUCACCACAGAAGACAAAGCGACUACUGCUGUCAACAUCGGACACGCUUCUAUGGCAGGGAUUUGCUUCUGUCAUCAUUCCAGGGUUAACAAUAAAUAGAUUAUGCGCAACCAUACGCUAUCUGCAAACUAAAUCAUCUAGACCUAUGCUACGAAGUCCUUGGAUUUCAACUAUAAUUGGCCUUGCAUCGAUACCUGUGAUAAUUCAUCCGAUAGAUGUGUUGGUAGAGGAUUCUAUGAAUGCAACUUAUAGGAAAUGGACUGGUUACAAACCAUUAGAGCCAAUACAGUCAACGUAAAUAAUGUAAUACUUAGCAGCGAAAUUCUAGUAUAAAAUGCUAUACACGUUGAAAGUAUUUUAACCUUUUAAUACUUGGUAUUAUAUAAAGCACAAAUCCGGUGAAAGCAAAAGAUUCAUAAUCUUUUGAUAAGUGUAAAAAUGUAUAAAAAUUGUGCACAUUUGGAUAAAACUUGACUACUAAAUCUAUGAUGUGCACAUGAGACUACAAACUUUCACUGCUUGUAACACAAAUUCUAAACUAAGAUAGACAAUGUGUACAAUACGUUUUAUAAAUUAAAAAAUAAUAUAAUAAUCUGACGAAAUGUUUGCAUUUGAAGUAUAUUUUUGUAAUUAUUUAAGGUAAACAGAAUUUUUUUAACUGACACUUAGCUCUGGCUAGUUUAUCAACACAUAAACGUGAUUUUAGUAAUAUUCUCAGUACAGGUUGUAACGAGACAAUUUUUUUCUUUUCGACCCAUCACGAAAAGAUCGAUAAAUGAGAAAAUAUUACAUUUGAGUAACAUUUAAGGGGAUGUCCAAAAAAACACUGUUUUUCUAUUCCAUAAAACUUUUUGAAUAAAGUUUGCAAAUGAAAAACCGAGUCUGUAGCACCGUAGUGUUAAGUUUAAUGAAUCGUUCUAGCGAAAGAAAAUGCUGAUUGGACUUUUUGUUUUGCUAAAAUCUUGGAAAUACGAAGAGAUGUUUACGCGUACUUCGUCGUACUCAUGCGAUUGCAGCGCCAAUCUUAAAAUCUAAUUUUACAUAAAACUUUUUAAAUAAAGCUUGCAAAUAAAAAACCGAGUCGUGUUAAGUUUAAUGAAUCGUUCUACCGAAAGAAAAAUUCGAUCGGAUUUUCUGUUUUUCUAAAAGUUUGGAAAUACAAAAUACCCCGUGGCGGAUUUGCGAAGCUUUUGGGACGACAUCCCCUUAAUAGUUAAUACAUGCAAAACACUCCUAUGAAUAUAAUCUCGUUGUUUUUGUCUAAAAUAAGCACAUCAAUAAUUUUAAAAGUGCGACACUGUUUAAAAUGUCAUAUGUCCGAGUGUCUUGACCAUCGAAAACAAACGAUAAUGUAAAUUGCACAUACUUACAAUGUAAAAAAUUCGAAUAAUCGGCAAAAAUAUAAUAUAUCUAUAAGUAUAUAUUUUAUAAAACAUUAAAUCUUUAAAUAUGCAUAUUCUUGUAUAUCGACGAGAGCUUACUAAAGUAUUAAAAGCUUAAAUUACAUGGGUUAAUCAGUGCUUAGCGCUGAGUUUGUAGAUAUAUACGAAUAAUUGUAAAUUAUACAUUCUGCAGCACCCGAAUGACGCCGAGUGCUCUAAACUGUAACGCAUUGUUGAACAAAAAUGAAAGUAUAACGAAUAUUA